GCAUUCUGGGUAAAACUCACACAAGCUACAGCCGCAUCUGAGGUGAUGUGAGGUGAAGUUCCUGAUGGAUUUCUCAAACACAUUAUCCACAGAUAUCAGCGGGUGGCCGGUGACAUUUGGCCUGUUCGUCCUUUUCCUCAGUCUUGUCUAUUGGUAUUCCAUUUACCCUUUUUCUGUGCUGUCAGAAUGUGGCAUCAGACACCCCAAACCUAUGCCCUUUUUGGGGAACCUUUUUCUAUUUCGGGAAGGCUUCUAUAACGCUCUGACUGAUCUCAUAAAAACACAUGGGCGAGUUUGUGGGUAUUACAUGGGCCGCAGAGCGGUGGUGGUGAUCGCUGACCCUGACAUGCUUAAAGAGGUGCUGGUCCGAGACUUCAGCAACUUCCCCAAUAGAAAUUCUUUUCGAUUUGCCACCAAGCCCAUGAGCGACUGCCUGCUGCUGUUAAAGAACGAUGAGUGGAAAAGAGUGCGGAGCAUCCUCACGCCUUCUUUUAGUGCAGCUAAAAUGAAAGAGAUGGUUCCUCUCAUCAACACAACCACUAAUGCUCUGAUGGACAACCUGAAUGUGUACGCUGAGUCAAAUGAGGCCUUUGACAUCCACAAAUGCUUCGGCUGCUUCACCAUGGACGUCAUUGCCAGUGUGGCGUUUGGCACUCAGGUGGACUCCCAGAACAACCCUGACGACCCGUUUGUGCGUCACGCUCAGAUGUUUUUCUCCUUCUCUUUCUUCAGACCCAUCAUGCUCUUUUUCAUCGCCUUUCCUCAUAUUUUCAGCCCGUUCAUAAGGGUCAUCCCGAACAAAAGACGCACCCAGAUGAACCAGUUCUUCAUCAGCACCAUUCGAAAGAUCAUUCUGCAGAGAGAGGAGCAGCCUCCAGAGCAGAGACGCAGAGAUUUCCUCCAGCUGAUGUUGGACGCCCGCAGCAGAGGCGACGAGAGCGUGUCUCUGGAGCACUUUGACACCGGGGUCCACAGUGAUGACGGCGGCGCUCAAACCUCAGCUUCAUUAAACACAGACAGCACCAGGAGCUCGCGGUCUCACAGAAAGACCAUGUCCGAGGACGAGGUCAUCGGUCAGGCCUUUGUCUUCCUUUUGGCCGGUUAUGAAACCAGCAGUAACACGCUGGCCUUCACCUGCUACCUGCUGGCUCUGCACCCCGAGUGUCAGAGCAGGCUGCAGGACGAGGUCGACCACUUCUACUGUCGACACGAGUCACCUGAUUACACAAACGUACAAGAGCUGAAGUAUUUAGACAUGGUCAUAAGUGAAUCUCUGCGCAUGUACCCACCUGGAUUCAGGUUUGCUCGGGACAUUGAACACGACUCCGUGGUCAAUGGGCAGCGUUUACCUAAAGGCGCCUGGUUAGAAAUCCCAGCAGGUUUUCUCCACUACGACCCCGAGCACUGGACCGAGCCGGAGAAGUUUAUCCCCGAGAGGUUCACUCCAGAGGCAAAGGCCGGUCGUCAUCCGUUUGUUUACCUUCCGUUCGGGGCUGGUCCUCGUAACUGCGUGGGCAUGAGGCUCGCCCAGCUGGAGAUAAAAAUAGCUUUAGUGAGUUUGUUUCGCAGGUUUAGCGUCGUGACCUGCGCUGAAACAAAGGUUCCACUUGAGCUGAAGUCUUCGAGCACUCUGGGUCCCAAAAAUGGCAUCUAUGUGAAAAUUGUGAAGAGGGAGACGAGUGCAGAGUCUCAACAGAUCAGCACGUAACAGAAAUGUA